AUGAAGUUCGGGAAGAGCAUAUGCGUGCUUAAUGUGGGGGGAACCCGGUACGCCUUCACUCGUGAGGUGAUCAGGGAUUUCCCACUCCGACGCGUCAGCCGCUUACAUGCCUGCGCGACCGAGAAAGAGGUCCUAGAAUUGUGCGACGACUACGACCGGGACCGGAACGAGUUCUUCUUCGACCGCCAUGCGCAAGCUUUCGUGUUCAUAAUGCUGUACGUGCGCUCCGGCAAACUCCGGUUUGUCCCCGGAGUCUGCGAGCUAUCCUUCUACACCGAGAUGCUGUACUGGGGGCUGGAGACCGCGCACCUGGACUCCUGCUGCCAGAAGCGCCUGGACGAGAGGAUGUCCGACAUCGGGAUGGACAGUCUCUCAGAGGGGGACAUCGUACUGUCCGGGGAUGAGUGCCUGACUCCGGAGGAGACGGUGCAACAGAUUGAGCUCACCGGACGCGCCAAAUGGCUGGAGAGGAUGCGCAAAACCUUCGAGGAUCCUAAUUCUUCCCUGGCGGCGCAGCUUCUGGCUUCGGUGUCCGUGAUUUUCGUGAUUGUUUCUAUGAUCAUGCUGUGUGCCAGCACGCUGCCGGACUGGGAUACGGCUAAGAAGACUACCGUGGAAGAGCACAGGAUAGUGGAGGCCGUGUGCAUCGGCUGGUUUACAGCUGAGUGCAUUGUGCGCUUUCUGUUGGCCAGAGACAAGUGCGACUUCAUCCGCCAUCCGCUGAACAUCAUCGACGCGAUUGCCAUUACCCCCUACUAUGUCACCAUGGCAAUGGCCGGAGCUGGGAUGCCGGGUGCCGGGCUCGGGGUCGCUGGAGUGAUACUGCGCGUGCUGAGGAUGAUGAGAGUGUUCUGGCUCAUGAAGCUGGCCAGACACUUCCUGGGCCUGCAGACUCUGGGGCUGACGCUCAGGCGCUGCUACAGGGAGAUGGUGAUGCUCAUGGUGUUUGUCUUCGUGGCCAUGGCAAUAUACAGCGCCCUGGCACAGCUGCUGGAGCACGGCUUGGACUUGGACUCGCAGAACCAGGAUUAUGCCAGCAUCCCGGCCGCCGCCUGGUGGGUCAUCAUCUCCAUGACUACAGUUGGGUACGGGGAUGUGUAUCCUGUGACGACUGGAGGACGAGUUCUCGGAGGGAUGUGUGUUGUGAGCGGGAUUGUUCUCCUGGCUCUGCCCAUCACUUUCAUCUACCACAGCUUCGUUCAGUGCUACCACGAACUGAAGGUCCGCUCCGCUAGAUACGCACGAAACGUGUCUUCAGAGAUGCUGCAGUGAACCAAAUCAGACACAAACACAGCGAACCAGGGGAUCUCCUUGUGAAAUAACCAACUAUGUGAACUGCCCUGUCUCCUGGCUUUGGCACACUGCAAAAACACAAAGUCUUAUCAAGUGUUUUUGUUUUGUUUCCAGUGCAAAUAUUUCAAAAGACAACUAACUUACAAGUAACUUUUCAUUCAGAUCUAGGAGCUUGUUAUAAGACAAUAAUUCUCUAAUAUUGAUUUUUAAAAAAGUACAAGUUCCAUUGGCACAUUAUUGAAUUUAUAACAUGAAAAAAUUGUCUUACUAUGAGUGAGAAAAUCUGUCAGUAGAACCAGUACUGUUUAUUUACUUAAACCCAAUCCAAUAUCUUAAUGAAAGGGUACUUGUAAGUCAGUUUCAUCUGACUUCAAGUGUACAAAUAUUUUUCUCUAGAGGCUAGGCACAAAAAAAAAGUUGUAAGAUGUGUUUUUGCAGUGCAGCAUUCAAUAUUGGCUGGGGGCCAAAACUGGCUAAUUUAAAUCACUCAAAGCAUACAAAAUCCAUUAAAUUAAAGAUGUAAAAUGUAGUUAAUUGUGACUUUUUCUUUUACCUAUACUUUUUUUUAAGGAAAUCUGUAAAUCAUUAGAGAUACAAAACAUAUACAGGGUUUCAGAUUGUUGCCUUAUUGACAGAAAAAUCUUUUUUUUUUUUGGAUAAUCAAUUCUUUCCUGUUUUGUUUGACAAAUCUGAACCUUUCUUGAGGCCACAAGGACACCCUUCCUCCACAUAGCCCCUGUCUCCAGCAGAACCGAUUAUAACUGACCAGCAAACAAAGUGAAGUAAUCAGUAUCUUACCUGCAGAGAGGCAGAGAGGUUCAGAGUACAAAUUUUCAAAAUAAAAGUCAAAAGG